CUCUGCACAGAGAUACAGACAUGACACCUACAAUCAUCUCAAAGGAGCAUCUCCCUCUCAACAACAAGUGGAGAAAGCCAAUAGUGGAGAAGAUGCGCAGAGAACGUAUCAACAGCAGCAUUGAGCAGCUCAAGUGUCUUCUGGCUCCAGAGUUCCUCAACCAGCAGUCUGAUUCCAAGCUGGAGAAAGCAGAUAUCCUGGAGAUGACAGUCAGUUUCCUGAGACACCAGCAGUCUGUUCUAGACUCCAGUUCACAUGCUGUCAAUCAAGGCUUCUCCAGGUGUGUCCAUGAGAUUGUGCACUUCCUGUCCAAAGAUGAGAUGAAGACACAGAGCCAGAGAAGACUGCUGAAACACUUCCAGAACCUGCAGACAUCAUGUGAGCAGAACAGGAGGGAAAGUGUCCUGUCUCAGCUGAUCUCCUCAGACCAGAACACCUUCAGUAAAGAGAUGAAUGUCAACAAGAGCAUCAUCUGGAGACCUUGGUAGAACCUGACAUGAACUGAUCAUGUUUGAAUGCACAAAACAAUUAUGUGUCUCGAUUUGAGAAAAGGUGUU